AAAAAACUAACGUUGUAAGUAUACACAUACUUUUGAUCACAGUUCAGUGUAAUUACUUUCCAUAAACAACAAAUAUAUAUUACGCAGUGUGCUUGCAAUUAGACGUUUACGUUUCAUGGCGACCAAAACUAUUGCAAGUGCCACCGUGAGGGCUGUGAAGAAGCGAUUGCUGCCUUCUCGUGCUGCCCUAGUUCUUACUCCUUCAGCAGUAAACAAGAUUAAGGAAAUAAUGGCUAAAGAAGAGGCUAAAGGAUUCAUCGGGCUGAAAGUGGGUGUCCGGCAAAGAGGUUGCAACGGUCUGUCCUACACACUGGAUUAUGCUAAGACUAAAGAGAAAUUAGAUGAAGAAGUGAAACAAGAUGGAGUCACAAUUAUUAUAGAUAAGAAGGCACAGUUAACAUUAUUAGGAACUGAAAUGGACUUUGUAGAGAAUAAGUUAUCAGCUGAGUUUGUAUUCAACAAUCCAAACAUCAAGGGCACCUGUGGUUGCGGAGAAUCCUUUAGUAUAUAGAAAAUAGACAUUUAUGCCAAUAGCAAUAAAUUAGAAAAAAAUACUAUACAGGCUUACAAUAAUUACAAUAAUAUCUCUACCUAUUAACAUGUUCACUGUGGUAGAGGGUCUAAAGAUCUCUUACGAAUUAUGGUUAAAUGUGAGUUAAUUGCCACAGUGAAGGUGUUAACAGACUGGUUGUAAUAUCCAAAUUAUACUAUUAGAAUCAAAUUAUCAGUUUUCAAAAAGCCCAAUAAGACCUAGACAGCUUGAAUAAUAAUCUCUACUAGCAAUUAAUAGAUCCAUGUAUUUUGCAAACAUAUUGUGCACUGCAGAAAAUCCCCUACACAUUGAAAAAUUACCUUAAAAUUAUGCUUAAUAAUACACACAUCUAAUUUUCAUCAACAUUUGUUCUCUUUAAUAUUUUCAACUGUAUUAGUACAGUUACUAAACUACAUAAUUAUUGUAUUUGAAAUCAUGUUUGCAAACUUAUGUGGCUAAAUAAAUUAGUUGUGAAUAAACCAACUUAGUUGGCAAUUCAAUGUAUAUUUUUGUAAUAUACCUGUAAGUUAUAUGCUUAGCUGUAGUUAAAGGACUUUGGUUCAAUUACGUGAUUUUCUGAUUUAUAAAAGAUACUAUUAAAUAGAUUGAACAUU